GAGAACUGAAGUUUGCCCGGUUCCCGUUUCUUGUAGCAAGUUUCUUAUAAAAUUGAGUGCAGACAACUAGUAAUCCUUGUAAAAAAUGAGUGUAUUUCAGCUGACAAUGAGCUUUUAAACAGACCUGUGUUCAAAAAAGUAAAUGGCGGUACGGUUCUGAGAGAGCAAAAAUUGUUCAACGGUGUGUUGAAAGAUGCUAAACAUUUACUAAUGAAUCUUGUUUAGUUAUGAAAGGGGAAAUCUUAAAAACAAUCAGUGUGUUGUGAAUCAACACCGCAGGCUUUUGUACUGCCUCAGUUUCGGAGGCAAUGAAGCGGCAAAAUUGAGCAAGCAACGGAACACUCUCUUCAUCAUUUGAAAGCCAAGGCGAAAUCAAGACCCUCUGGUAAUGUUGUGUUGAGGCCGACCCGACUAGCGAACAGAUGUCACUGGUAUUGCAACGGUUGUUAAGAGAUCAUUUCAAAUGAAAGGAGUUUUCGACAAGAUAAUUUUCCUUCAUCUGAAAGGCUAACCACUUUCUUGAAGGUCUCAGCUAUAAACACAAGACACAGCGGAUUUAAGAGAGAAAACACGAGGAAUAAUAUUGGCGAAUAGCGAUAUGUUUAUUGACUUCAAGAAAACGCAUAAAUUUUGGGUGAUCGCCGGGCUCGUGUCCUUUAUUACAUAUUUCACGAUACAGCAGAUCUCUCAUGAAAGGCAAACUGGCCAUCGCUAUGGGGAUGUUAUGCCAUAUCUGAUGAAGCAGUUGCAUGCAAACAUUACAUCGUUAAAAUAUUGGAAAAUAACAUCUUCUACAUGGCAGUUUGUUAUUACCUAUCAAUGGCUCUGGAUGUUGUACAGCCUCACCACAUUAUUCAGAAUUAACUCUUUAAAUAUUCUGCCACCACACUUUUACGCGUCGUGGUGCUUAUCGUGUUGUUUUGAAAUUGGCUAUUUAUUCCUCGCUGCCCACAGACAAACGCUCUGGGCGUGGAUUUUUACGUGUUCAAGUGGUAUAUGCCGCAGCGGAUGCCUUUUCUUUGCAUUUUAUUCGUUAUUCGAGUUCCUAGCAGCACAUUCUGGCAAACACAAGAAACCAAACAAAUUUGAUGUUUGCUGUCAGCGCAUUUUGAUUCAAAAUGGCCUAAUUUGCUACCAGACAUGGAGCAUAAUCUCGGUUUGCUUCAACUUCGCACCAAAUCUCCAACGUAUGUUUGACGUCAGUCAGCAUGCUGCUUACAGCUUUUCACUACUUAUUCUGGCUGUAAUUAUUGUUGUUUGGUUUGUGGCGCAGAAUUUCUACGUGGAGAAAUACGCGAGAUACACGUGCUCAGAGUAUGUUACCAUGGUUAUAAUUUUUGGCCUCAUAUUUAAUGAGUGCAGAGCAAAUGUCGAUGGAACGUAUGCAUUUGUACUUCUGCUUCUCUGUUUCUCUCUCUUACUGCUGCUAUUCCGAGUGUCUUUGAUUGUAUUCAAUGAACGGGGACGCAUUUAUGCCAGCGACGAAGAGCUGGAGUUUAUGGUGUAGACCACGUCAAUUAACCCAUCAAACGGCAGCAUACAGAAAAGCUGUGGCAAAUUAAAGUUAUUACCGUGCUAAACAUUUUUAGCUUUCAAUAUGUUAUUUACAAGGAGAGAAGCUAUACAUUAUUGAUCUUUUGUUUUUAAACAAUCACGUUACUCGAAUUAUGGUUGAUACCUUUUCUUCCAAAUACUUGCUGUAAUUACAGGGGAGAUACCAGCAAUUCUAGAGAAGAAUUGAAGUGAGAUUUUAAUUUAGAAGCUAAUUUCCUUUCGGUACAUUUAAAUUUGUUAUACUUGUUUCAAAAGGUGUGAUCAGUGCUGAGCAGAGGGGGGUCAUAGGAGGGGUAAGAAACUUGGAUUUUCCGACAAAAUUCUAGCAAUCGUUAAUAUUUUUCAUAGAUUUUAACAUAACAUAACGACAUCGGAACAGAAAUAAAUAAAUAUUUUGAUAUAUUCAGAUAUAUUCUUAUGUUUAAAUUCUUUAAAUUUAACUUUAAAUUCUUUUCUAUUAAAACAUGGCAAUUAGAAAAAAAUGGACAACCUUGUUAAAUUUCCAACAAAGACCAGAGGUUUUCCUACAAAACAGCAGUUUAGCUCUACAGGGGGGUCUUUGCCCCCUUUGUCCCCCUGUUUAGCCACCAUAGCAAUUUUAGCAACCAAAAUAGCCACCCGAGUAGUUUAAGCAACCAAAAUGGCCACCAGGGCAAUUUAAGCAACCAUCAUUUUCGAAACUUUCCGGGGAAGCAUUUCCCAUACCCCUCGAAACAUCUGCCUUAGGCAUGUUUUACUAUUCAUCUUUCGCCUUGACCCGGCGAAAUGGCCCAUAUAACUACAAAUAUGAUUCAUGUUUAUAAUAGCUAUUUAUAGGGGCAUUUUGUAUAUGGCAGUUCGGCUAUGGCCAAAUUUGAGUAAUCAAGAUCCCUUAGCAAUUCUUUAACUUUUCCCCUCGUGUUCCUUUUGAUUGGAUAUGAAAAAUUAAAUAAAGAGUCAUAAAAUUGUAAGAAGAUAAGGUGAGAUUAAUAUUUGACAAAAUUGACAAUAAAUAUUGUUGGCACUUUCUGCACAUGUAAAGGAUAAGUGAGAUGCAAUAAAAGUAGUUCUUGAGUAGUAGCUCCUAUUGCACACGGGUAUACACCAGCUAUAGUAGCUCCAUUUUACUAUAGCUGGUGUAUACCCGUGUGCUUUCCAUUGCUUAAAAAUGAAGUAAAGUUGGUGCGUUCAAAGAUUUUUCAUAUUUUUUUAGCAGUUCUCCAUCAAGUAUUAAAAAUUCCUUAAGCUUUUGCCUAGCCGAGUGCCAACUCUCGUAUAAAGUACUUCCGUAUAAAAAUUGCAUGUAGCAUAAAUCUUUGCGUCGUCAGAUAUUGUUGCUACGUUGAAUCAAAUCUGAAUCAAAGGGUUUCAUAAUCUUUUUCCGUCAAAAGACAUGUUUCUUCCUUCAUGAAAACACGAUUUGGCCUUAUUUGAAAAUGAAGGAAUCACUGUAAAUUGUUCAUUUAUGCUUGCUUACUUCUAUUUUAUCGGUCAUAGUUCAAGUAAUUUUGUAUAUCCAGGAGAUAUUUGCAAGAAAUUUUAUAAUUGCAAUCCUUAACAAUUAAUGUAAAAAUCAGUAUGAGUAAUCGUGUAUUUUAUUAAUUUAAAAUGAGGAGUAAUUGCAUGCUUAGGUUUGUAUCCAAAUCGCUAGUUUUUGCUAUUAUACAAUGAUGAAGUUGAAAAUAGUCUUUGAAGCGUGAAGAAAAUUUUCAAAAUGGCGCAAAGAAAAAACACAUGAAAAACAUAAUGUUUUGUUUUCACCUUUCCUUCUCUAUCUUGUAUGUAUGUUAUCAACAUUUUUAUUUCUAUUUUUUCUGAAAAAAGAAAAACUGUCGACUCAAAAUCGAAAACAGGAACAAAAGUCUCCCUACAAAGCAUUGCUAGUAAUUUGAAAUUAAACUUUUGUAAUAUUUAUAGACGCUUGUCGUUCUGUUAGCCAUUUACACAAUCUUGACGUAUUUCAAUUAUUUAUAUUUAAUUUAUUUUUAGAGAUGAUUUUGCAAAAGAAUGUGUCAUCAAUUUUGCCUUA